CGUAUUGACAUUGAGUUCCGUUUCCGACCGCUGCACCGUGUACGGCUCGGUUUUCACUCCAGAGAUGGACGUAAUGUGCGUUUUGCGGCUCUAGACGUAAAAUACAUGUUCGCUGUUCUUACUGCGACUCUCUGUUUUUAUUUUUUUUGCUUCAAACUGUUUUAUCUGAACGUGUGGUUCCGUUUCGUAAACGAAUCCCGCCUUUUUUGUUUGUUGUCUCUCUGGAGCCCUUUCUGAAUAUACGCGCCUCCCACUUCGAAAAAAAACCUGUUCACAUUGAACACUUCCUGACAGUAAGUCAACAAAGCAUCCACGUAUUGCCAGAGAUUCAUAAUGUCAGCCAAGGACACGCUGAGACGAAACAAAACAUCCAUCCAGAGCAUAUUGUGUGCCGACUACAGACUGAUCCUUAACAAGGUUUAUGAGAGAAACCUGAUAAGUAACCGCGAGUACAACAACCUUAAAAACAUCAACAGAGAAAAUGACGAGGGCCAUACGGUCGAGCUUCUGGAUAAGAUAAUGAACAAAGGAGAGCAAGUCUGCCGGGAUUUUCUUCAGGUACUGCAAACAGACCGGGAGAUUGAAACGACUUACCCCGAGCUCAAGAACACGCUGCAGGUGGAUGCAAGUUUACCACCUAAUUCUGUACAAGAACGUUCACUCGAUGAACCAUUACCAGCUGCCAAAAGGUCAAGGAAGGAGCAGCAGUACCAGUUGAAUGGCAACCCCGUGGGUGUCUGUUUGAUCAUAGACAAUGAGAAUUUUCAAGAUGGAAGCAAGAGAAGUGGGACCAACAAAGAUGUCCAAAGCUUGGCAGAAGUUUUCAGCUGGCUGCGGUUUAGAGUGUUGAUGUGUAAAGACCAAACCCAAGACCAGAUGCGACGGACUUUAAGCUGCUUUGCUUCCCCCCGUGACCUCUCUCAGCUGCAAGGGUUAGAUGUGAAAGAGUGGAUGACGAGCGGAUUUGUGGAUCUUCGGCAGGCUCCCAGGCACGGAGAUGCCUUCGUGUGUUGUAUCCUGAGCCACGGCGAAAAGGGCGCCGUCUUCGGGACCGACCGGAACCCUAUUUCCAUUAAAAACAUUACUAGAACAUUCGGGUCGACCGACGAGUCUCCUCUCGGUGGGAAACCGAAAGUGUUUCUUAUCCAAGCGUGCCAGGGUUCCUUGUGUCAGCGUGGGGUUUUAGUAAAAGAUCUUGAGGCCGAUGCCGCGUCACCAUUCGUGCCUGAAGAAGCUGAUGUGCUGGUUGCCGUUGCCACUGUUGAAGAUUAUGUAUCAUUUCGACACAAAAAGGAUGGAAGCUGGUUUAUCCAAUCCGUGUGUGAGCAGCUGAAGGAGGGCUGUUUGAGGCACGAAGAUCUUGCGACUAUCCUCAGCCGUGUGAACAAUCAGGUGAGUCAGAGAGAAUGCCUCGGAAAACCUGGAGCUGUAAAGCAGAUGCCUGAAGUUCGUUUCACCCUACGGAAGACGCUCCUCUUGUCACCAGAUGUCUAGCAAAACAAAAGUAGACUUUAGGUACAGUGUUGGUUUAGAAUGAUGCUCUUAACUGUAGUGAAGAUAUAUUUUCCAAUACAAACACUUAAGAUUUCCAGGGUGGCAAAGUCUAAAUCAGGCGUGGGAAAACGGGCCACAAUUGGUCCUAAAAUUGAACAGGAGGCCCGGGUCAGAUAGAAGGAGCGUUUGUGUGAACUAAGAAAAGUCAUGCAUAAAGGCUGAAAUGAUUUCAUCAUUUUCUACGCCGUCUUUUGGGGAAACGUAGGUGUUGCAGGGAGAAGGCAGACCUAUAAUAAUAAUAAUGUAAAUAAUUUGGAUUAUAUCAUUUGGAAUAUUUGGCAGGCCGGAUUAAAAAGCUGAACCCGGACUCCCGGGCCUUAGUUUGCACAUGCCUGAUUUAAAUACUUUAUCAGUUUUGAGAAAAUGUUAGACAAUUUGAUGAAUAAGCACUUUUUUUAAUGUGGUUUGUGUUGUUAUAUAUUUGUAGUUGUAAGUUUAAUAAUUGUAAUUUAUAUCUUAAAGGAUUUAGAUUUUUUUCGUUUUAUUAGAUUUAGACUUUUCUAAUGUGUCUUUCCAGAGUGACGUGUAUUUUUAUUACGUGCUUGUAGUCACCCUAGACACAAAAAAAUACUGCUCUGCACCGCCCUCCAGUGGCCACCUAAGAGAUGGUUUGUUUUUAGUGGAAAUGGGUGUCAAAUUGUUCAAUUAGUUUCACUAUGUUACUCCAGCUGUAGACGCUCGUACUCAUUUUAGUAAACACAAUGUGCAUUAUUUGGGUUUUUUUUUUUUUU